UAGAAGCUGUUGCACCACCGGUGAAUAGUUUUUAUUCACCGAAAAUAAAACAAUUAGUGUAUGCGGUCUUUCGUAGUCCAUUGGCUGGCAUUUCCUCAUCAGCCAUUUGCGCUUUUGAUAUUCAACAAAUUAAUGAUGUAUUCUCGGAAUCAAAAUACGGUGAUCGGAGCAAUUUGCAAUCAUUGUGGAUGAAUGCGCUUUAUAGUGAUACUUCAAAAUAUCGACCUGGUAAAUGCACAAAUAAUUCCCGGUUGUUAUCUGAAGAAGCGGUAGCAUUUGCGCGAGCUAAUCCGUUAAUGAAUGAAGCUGUACCAAAUUAUUUUGGUGCACCAAUAGCGAUACAUACGGGUUUGGAUCAUUUUACGCAGAUUGUCAUUGAUUCUCAGGUCAAAGCAAUUGAUGGAAAUUUAUAUGAUAUUAUAUUUGUCGGUACCAAUCAAGGUAAUAUUUUCAAAAUGGUGAAUUUAGCUGGUACCAAAGCUACCACAAAGCAACCAUCUCAUCA